GUAUACUAUAGGUACUUGCGUAGUUUUUACUUAAUAACUAAGUACAUAUUUAUUUAUCAAGUCGGUGGUUUUUGAGCAUAUUUCGAAAUGGGUUGUAUGUGGUCUAGUGGGGUAAGAUAGAAUUUUUUAUUUUUUAAAUAAAUAGAAUUCUUGUGAUUUGAGACUUACUAAUCUGUUAUUUUUUAGGCUGAAAUUGACAGAUGUAUGUAUUGUAAUAGAAUAGCAGUAAAUAAUUUGGUGUUAAUCAAUAACGUCUGCGAAGAUUGUUCAUCUAAUUCAAGAUCAAUACCUUCAGUUAAUUCCCAUUAUCAAUUAGAAGCGAGGUAUGGUGAAUAUCGUUGUUCAUGUGGUCGUUUUUGGACGAGUUCACGCGCGAGAAAUGGAAUAUACCAAAUGUGUGAACGCUGUCGGCGACCAGCAUAUCCCAUUAACGUGAGACCCUUGCGACCAAGUGACAUGAAAUCGGCAGACAUGGAAAAAAGUGAACACAAGAAAGAACUUUGUCAAAUGUGUCAACAACUAGGUGACUGCGGAAGACCACGUAAGGGCACCAGAGCAAAGCGAUAUUAAGUGGCGUUUAGCCCCGUCCCACGUGUCGAAUAAACUUAUGAAAACCUGCCUAUGACGCCACGCGGAACGGGUUAAUUGUAACAGAUGCUUUAAUUAUAGUAUAAAUGUUUAUACUAUGAUUUAAUGGUUUUUUCUUAUAUUGUGUAAGAUUACGCAUCUGUAAGUAAAACCUAAAAUAGUUGAUUGUUCUUCACUGUACACACAGCUCCACGUCAGGUUACCUCACACUAUGUCAAAUUUCUCCAAUUGAUUUUGAAUUCUACUUACAAUGCAUUAAGGUGCUGGUUAACUGGAGAAAUUUGACGGUUUUGUAUAGCAUUUCGCGCUGUCGACUGAACAUAAGUGUUUUUUUCUUAUACAUAUUUUCUUUAUUUUUUAUGCUAGAUUGCACUCACGAAAGUCAAUAAACUUUAG